UGAAAUAUUUGGGUCUGAUCUUAUGAUAAUACUUCUUCUCACUUCUUUCUUCUCUUCUAUAAUACUAAAUCUAGGGAAACUGUAAAUAGUCCACACCAUAAACAUAGAUGGUUGUAGUUAAAACUCCCACUGUUGUCUUUUUCAUUCAACUUACCCUCCCCGCCGCCGCACACUUCUUUUUUCUUUUAUCUGGCGUUGCUGCCGUCGAUUUCACUGUUUCACCGCCGGCUUCAAUGGCGCCGAGAUGGAAAGGGAAGGCUUCAGAAGCCAAAGCUCUAGCUGAUCCCAUCUCCAAUACUUUACUUCACCUUCAAUCUUCUUUCAUACACUCCAACGCUCAAGGGUUAUUAUCUGGUUCUAUCAUACUUUAUUUAGCCGACGAAGAACAAACCGAUCUUCUUAAUCGCACUUGUUUCGGCCGACCAAUUCUUACUGCUGAGAAGGACAAACAAUGGUUUCAAUUUGGCAUGGAGGAGGCUUUUUACUUGUCCUAUCACUUGAAUUGCCUCAAAAUUGUCGAUGGACAAGAUUGUGAAAAGAAUUUUCAAGAGCUUUGGCGGUAUAUGAAGACCCAAAAGGCUACAUUCCCUGAGUUUUACAUUGCUUACCGACAUCUUCGAUUGAAGAAUUGGGUUGUUAGACCUGGAUCUCAAUAUGGGGUUGAUUUUGUGGCGUAUCGUCAUCAUCCGUCUCUUGUUCACUCUGAAUUUGCUGUUCUGGUGUUGUGUGAAGGAAGAGACAGUAAUGGAAAUGGGCGAUUGAGGGUUUGGUCUGAUUUUCUUUGCACAGUUCGGCUUUGUGGAAGUGUUGCUAAAACGUUGCUAGUUCUUACCGUCAAUGAUAAUGGAAGUGGAUUUGUUUCUCCUUCGUGUUUGGACAGUUACUCCAUUGAAGAACGCACAGUUACGAGAUGGAGUCCAGAACAGUGCCGUGAAAAUCCUGCAAAAGUGUGAAAUAGACCAACUUUUAAGGUAUUCUCUUAUGAAUAUGAACUGUGCUGAAAUGGAAACCAAGAAUUUUGAAGAGGUUUUAACAUGUCAAACGCUGCAACACGAGUAACUAUUGAGAAAUUAUGUCCGUUUUAGUGGAGGUUACUACCAUUAUGUUAUAUUGCCAUGGAAGGAAGACCCUGACAAUAUGAUUAGGAGGAUGGCCACCUCCAUUCUUGUGUUGCUACAACCAAGAAAUCAGUGGUUUGAAUCUUUCUAACUCAAAAGGGAAGAAAAUUGUUGUGUUAUUCAUGCUAACCAACAAUAUUUCUUGGCCACUUGGACGAAGCAUGGUCAGUUUAUUGGCUUUAUUUAUUAGGUGAGAUGUCAUUUUAUCUUAUACAUGUAAAGAAUCUUAUGAGGAUGUGCAUUAAGGAUUUUGAUAGAUUAUUGUAGAUUAUUCACAACAAUCAAAGAGCUUUCACACUAUUUAACAGAAUAAUUAUUGUAGGGUGAUAUACGUAGUUGAAAUCAUUCGAAUUUCUUUCAGGAUCACUAUCAUUGCUAGUAAAGUAGAACAUUGUAAUACUAAUACUGAUCUGUUAAUUUGCUCUUGCACCGAUCAAAUUGUUCGAAACUCUUGUAUGUUGAGAGGGAGGUUUUAUAUAUGUGUGUAUUAGUUCUUA